AAUCACAACAAAAGCAAGUGUCAGUUAUGGUCCGAAACAUAAAACAGGACAGAAGAAGAAAGGAGAAAAACAGCAAUCGACAAUAGAGUAACUUUAGUACCAGACUAUCCUUGCUGGUUAUUGGGUUGUUUUUCACUAAGGCUGUUGUUCCGAGCUUCUCUACCAAAGUCGUUGAUUUAUUAUUAACAUCUAGACUCUAGUUGAAGACUAGAAGGUGAAUUCUCAUAAUACCCUGCACCGCUUUUCGUAGUUAAGCCAAGAAACAACAGUAUUCAAAUUUUUCCACGUUUUGGAUGUGUUAAAGCCUUCGCUCAAUCUGUAGGAGUUUAAUGGAGAUAUUUCUCAAAAGAUGGUUUUGUAGCUUGGUGCUACUUAAUAUUUUACCAUUGUGCUACUGCCUAGACAAUGGCUUAGCACUAAGUCCACCCAUGGGAUGGUUAGCAUGGCAGAGAUUUAGAUGCAAUACUGACUGUGAAAAUGACCCAAAGCAUUGUAUCAGUGAGAGAUUAUUUAUGGAGAUGGCUGAUCUUAUGGUCUCAGAGGGCUAUGCCAAAGCUGGGUAUAACUUAAUAAGUUUGGAUGACUGCUGGUUGGAUAAGAAAAGAGGUUCAGAUGGGAGGUUGAGACCUGAUCCUCUCCGGUUUCCGAGUGGCAUUCGCGCACUUUCCAAUUACAUACAUUCCCGUGGUUUGCGAUUCGGAAUUUACGAAGAUUUCGGCAACUACACUUGCGCCGGCUAUCCGGGUAUAUUAAACCACAUGGAAUUGGAUGCUCAAACUUUUGCAGACUGGCAAGUUGAUUAUGUUAAAUUAGAUGGGUGCUAUUCCUUUCCAUCCCAAAUGGAUAAAGGGUAUCCUGAAUUUGGAUAUUUCCUAAACCGAACUGAGCGUCCGAUGAUAUACUCAUGUUCCUGGCCAUUCUAUCAAUUGAUAAACAAAAUGCCCGAUUAUAAAUCCAUCUCUAACACCUGUCACCUGUGGCGUAACUUCGAAGACAUUCAGGAUUCUUGGCAAAGCGUCACUUCCAUUAUUGAUUAUUAUGGAGAUAACCAGGAUACCUUGAUUCCCCUCGCCGGACCUGGACAUUGGAAUGAUCCGGAUAUGUUGAUUAUUGGAAACUUUGGUUUGAGUUACGAACAAAGUCGCGCUCAGAUGUGCAUGUGGGCCAUCAUGGCUUCUCCGCUACUGAUGUCAGUUGAUUUGAGAACCAUCCGCCCUGAAUUCAAAGCUAUCUUGCAAAACAGCGAAAUUAUCGCCGUGAAUCAGGACCCAUUGGGAGUCCAAGGACGAAGAAUUUAUAAAAAGCAGGGCGUGGAAAUCUGGACCAAGCCAGUGUUACCAAUGAACGGGAAAAAAUUCUCGUGGGCCGUGGUCGUCCUUAAUCGACGUGUAGAUGGCACGCCGUCACAAGUCACUGUUCCGUUACGUGAAUUAGGUUUAGAUUCAGAAGAGGGCUACCACGUUCGCGAACUCAACGACCACAAAGAUAUCGGUUUUCUCUCAAAAGAUCAGGCAAUACGUGUUGACGUCAAUCCUUCAGGUGUCGUCAUGCUUAAGUGCACUAUCCAACGAGUGCCUCCUUUCACCCCCUAAUGGGAUGACUGUAUUUAAAAAUCCAUCCUGCCUGUGGAAAAUGGAAAGCUUGGAGCUGCCUCAUUUUUCGUUUUUCAUCCUUGUUUUUUUUUCUGUGAAUUUCUUACGAGAAAAUAAAAUGUUGUUGUGUUUUCAAUUCUUUAAAAGUGUCCAUGCCUGGCAGUAUAUGGAAUAAAAUGAAGAUAUCAAAGUC